GCUGGAGCUCCAGAUCUCGACUGCUCUGUGUCAGCUGCUCCUAGAGGCGCAGCCUAUGUGGCCCCGUGACCUGCAGGUAUUGGGAGAUCCACAACUAAGACGCGAGGACCCCCUGGAAGCCUGGAAAUGGAACUGUUGACAUUUAUGGAUGUGGCCAUAGAAUUCUCUCUGAAUGAGUGGCAAUGCCUGGACCCUGCACAGCAGAAUUUAUAUAGGAGUGUAAUGUCAGAGAACUACAGAAACCUGGUCUUCCUGGGUAUUGCUGUCUCUAAGCCAGACCUGAUCACCUGUCUGGAGCAAGAAAAAGAGCCUUGGAAUAUGAAAAGACAUGGAGUGAUAGCCAAACCCCCAGUGUGAUAUUAAAAUAAAAGCAUUGACAAUGGGCAC